GUCAUGCUUCUAUAAUUCUCCCGUGAAAACCGAGCUACGUAAGCUCCAGUAAUGCAGACUCAUACCGAGGACCCACAUACAGGAAGCGGAAAAAGUCCACUAACCGCAUUCAUGAUGACUAAAGAAAGUGAUGCAUAUUUAAAUGCUUUCGAGUCGAUCUACGCAUCAGUUACAUUUCGAAAUUCAAAUACGACGGACGCAAUGAAGAGCUGCAUCUUCUGUCUGACACUCUGCACCACAAUCGGAUUUUUAAUUGGCAGUGAACUAAUUAAGCAACGAGAUUACAGUUCUCAUUCAAAGGACAUUGGAUCAACGAUACGUAUAGAUAAUAAUAAGGUACUCUAUAGCGUCUUAGGAACUCCUUUCGAAAUUGCUGAGAACAAAGUGCAAAAACGAAUACGCGUCAAACGAACCAGCUUUGGCGGAAGGAUAUACUAUAAUCACAGAGGUAAUCCGAUGACUGGAAAAAAGAUACGGAUGAAAGUUCAGCCCAAAGUAGAAUACACUCGUACCGAAAGGAAUUGGCUGUGGAACUUGUUUGCGUAACUUUGGUUGAAAAAAGUUUAGUUGUGUUAACGAAAAUUUAGUCACUUGAUCUUUUAUUAUCACAUUACUAAUAUUGAAUUUAUAUUGCGAGCUAUCAAAGUGUUAGGUGAAUCAUUUGAUAUAUUUUAGUUAAAAUUGUAAUAUCACGAUUUGUCAUCACUUUAAAGCAUCGAAAAGACCGCUGUAUUAUUUUUAAAGGACCUUUGUGAAUCUUGAAUAAAUAAUUUUUCUGCG